GCCCGCACCACCGGCCGCUAAGAUGUGCGACUGCUUCCACGUGGUGCUGCCUACCUGGUCUGGAGCCCCCGGCGGCGUGUCUGGCCGACAGCUGCAGUCACAGGAACCAGAGGCUGAGACUGAAGAGGACUGCUCUGUGACCGAAGGGCCUGCAGGCGAGAUCAUUCGGCCACGGCCACAGGGGUCCUCACCUGUCUACGAAUGCACGGCUGAAGGCUCUGGCUUUGGAAGCCAGGCAGACAGUCCGGCUAGGCGCAGCUCCUCCAGCAGACGGAGAUCCUGGUGGAAGCGGGAUUCAGGGGACUCUGUGGCCUUCUCCAGCAUGAGUCAUUCAGAGUCUGUGCAGGAGGUGACAGAGGUGACACUGAAGACUGAGGUGGAGGCAGGAGCCAGUGGCUACAGUGUCACUGGUGGUGGGAACCAAGGCAUCUUUGUCAAGCAGGUGCUGAAGGACUCAUCUGCUGCUAAGCUAUUCAACCUGAGAGAAGGGGAUCAGCUGCUCAGUGCAACCAUAUUCUUUGACCACAUAAAAUACGAAGAUGCCCUCAAAAUCCUUCAGUAUUCAGAGCCGUACAAGAUUCAGUUCCAAAUCAAGCGGAAACUCCCUGCCAGUGAGGAAGAAGAGUGGGCCAUCUGGAAUCCUCAACAAGGCCCAAAGGGCCAGGAAAAGCAGGACAAGGAUGUUGCCGAUGGGUGCAUGGAGACCCCCACAAAGACACUAGAGGCAGAUGGAGACCAGGAGAGGCUUAUCUCUAAGCCCAGGGAGGGCCGAGGCAGGCGGCCCCAGGACAGACUAUCCUGGCCAAAAUUUCAAGCCAUACAGAGCAAGCGGGCUCCAGGCCCUCGACGUUCACAUAGUUCCUCAGAGGCCUCUGAAGGCAGGGAUGUACCUUAUUUGUCCUCCACAAGCACAGACUCAGACGCCCAAAUGCAGGCUGAGCGAAGGGAUCAGAAGGCAGGGCCAGACAGCCAGAGAAAGAGAUUUCUUAACCUAAGAUUUGGGAUAGGUUCAGGGCAAGCCACUACUACCACAGGCAGAAGCAACAAAGAAGCCCAAGGCAGACAGGGUCCUGCUGGGGUGCUGGAAGAGUCCCUGCUUGGGGAGGAUAGCACAAGAGAUGUGGCAGAGACUGUUAGUGACAGGAAUAAAGACAGUACACAGGAGCCAAGGGCCAUGCUUGAUCUGAACAUGCCACGGACCAUGGAGCCCAGUCUUCCUGAACUUGGACAAGGAGCUCCUGGAGAAGGGCUGAGCAGGGCAGAGAGACACCAAAGGAAAACAAGGAACACUAAGACAAUUGAGGAAGGAAGGACACACAGCCAAUCACGUGGGGGCACAACCCCAAGCAUGAGAGGGGAGGCCGAAUGGGAAGGAGUCCAGAGUCUGGAAAUAGGAAUCUCACAGUUGACCCUAGGAGACAAACAGGAGGAAGAUGUGGAAGUGGACAUCCAAGCCCCCAGUGCCAAGAUGGAGGGGGACAUGACCCUGCCAGACAAGGACGUGGCCUCGAAAGACAGCAAGUUCAAGAUGCCCAAGUUCAAGAUGCCCUCCUUUGGUGUGUCUGCACCUGGAAAGUCCCUGGAGGCCUCGCUGGAUGUGGCAGCACCCAAGGUGGAGGCAGAGGUGGCCCGGCCAAAGACAACCGGUGAACUGAAGGCCCCUGACCUCAGCAUUGAGCUCCCCUCCGCUGAUGUGAAGGUCAAGGCUGGCCAUGUGGGCGUGAAGCUGCCUGAGGGCGAGCUGCCCAUGCAGGAGGCUGGAGCCAGCCUCAAAGGGCACAUGCCCAGUGUGCAGAUGCCCAGCCUCAAGAUGCCCAAAGUGGACCUGAAGGGCCCGCAGGUGGACCUGAAGAGCAGCAUGAUGGACCUGAAAGGCCCCGGGGGCGAGGUGAGCACCCCUGACCUGCAGGUGUCUGUGCCAUGCACAGAGGUGAUCCAAGCCCCCUGUGCCAAGCUGGAGAGGGACAUGGCCCUGCCAGACAAGGACGUGGCCCCCAACAGCAAGUUUAAGAUGCCCAAGUUCAAGAUGCCCUCCUUCGGUGUGUCUGCAACUGGAAAGUUCCUGGAGGCCUCACUGGAGGUGGUGGCGCCCAAGGUGGAGGAGGAGGUGGCCCUGUCCACCACUCCUGGCGAACUGAAGGCCCCUGACCUCAGCACUGAGCUCCCCUACGCUGACAUGAAGGUCAAGGCCAGUCAGGUGGGUGUGAAGCUGCCUGAGGGCGAGCUGCCCGAACAGGCCGCCGGAGCCAUUCUCAAACGGCACCUGCCCAGGGUACAGAUGCCCGGCCUCAUGAUGCCUAAAGAGGACCUGAAGGGCACCAAGGAGGAGCUGAAGAACCCCCAGAGCGAGGUGAGCACACCCAAUCUGGAGGUGUCUGUGCCGUGCGCGGAGGUGGACAUCCAAGCCCCCAGUGCCAAGCAGGAGGGGGACAUGGCUCUGCUAGACAAGGAUGUGGCCAACAAACACAGCAAGUUCAAGAUGCCCAAGAUCAAGAUGCCAUCCUUUGGCAUGUUUGCACCUGGCAAGUCCCUGGAGACUUCGAUGGAGGUGGCAAUGCCCAAGGUAAACAUAGAGGUGGCCCUGUCCGCCUUCCCAGGCGAGCUGAAGACCCCUGACCUCAGAAUUGAGCUUCCCUCAGCUGACGUGCAGGUCAAGGCCAGCCAGGUGGGCAUGAAGCUUCCUGAGGAGCCCCUGUCUAUGGGUGAGCUGCCUGCGCAGGUUGCCAGAGCUGGCCUCAAAGGGCACCUGGCCAAGGUGCAGAUGCCCAGCGUCAAGAUGCCCAAAGUGGACCUGAAGGGCCCGCAGGUGGACAUGAAGGAAGCCAUGGAGGAGUCUAAGGGCCCCCAGGGCAAGGUGAACUUCCCCAACCUGGAGGUGUCUGUGCCCUGUGUGGAGGUGGACAUCCAAGCCCCUGGUGCCAAGCUGGAGGGGGAUGUGGCCCUGCCAGACAAGGAUGUGGAUGCCAAAGAUAGCAAGUUCAAGAUGACCAAGUUCAAGAUACCCUCCUUUGGCAUGUCUACACAUGGUAAGUCCCUGGAGGCCUCGCUGGAGGAGGCAACACCCAAAGUAGAUGUGGAUGUUGCCCUGCCUGCCACCCAAGGUGAACUGAAGACCCCUGAACUCAGCAUUGAGCUCCCCUCUGCUGACGUGGAGAUCAAGGACAGCCAGGUGGGCGUGAAGAUGCCAGAGAGCCCUCUGGCUGAGGGCAAGCUGCCCACGCAGGUUGCCAGAGCCAGUCUCAAAGGGCACCUGCCCAGGGUGCAGAUGCCCAGCCUCAAGAUGCCUAAAGUGGACCUGAAGGGUCUGCACAUGGACCAGGAGGAUGCCAGGGCAGACCUAAAGGGUCCCCGAGAUGAGCUGGGGGCCCCUGACAUAGAGGUGUCUGUGCUUGGUGUGGAGGUGGACAUACAGGCCCCCAGUGCCAAGUUGGAGGGGGACAUGGCUCUGCCAGACAAGGACAUGGCCAAUAAAGACAGCAAGUUCAAGAUGCCCUCCUUUGGUGUGUCGGUACCUGGCAAGUCCCUGGAGGCCUCGCUGGAGAUGGCGAUGCCCAAGGUUGAAGCAGAUGAGGCCCUGCCUGCUGCCCAAGGCAAAAUGAAGGCACCUGACCUCAGUAUUGAGCUCCCCUCCACGGAUGUGAAGGUCAAAGCUGGGCAUGUGGGCAUGAAGCUGCCUAAGGGUGAGCCGCCCGCGCAGGAGGCCGGAUUCGACCUCACAGGGCACCUACACACUUUGCAGAUGCCCAGCCUCAAGAUGCCCAAAGUGGACCUGAAGGGCCCACAGGUGGACCUGAAGGAAAGCAAGGUGGACCUGAAGGGCCCCCGGAGCAAGAUAAGCUUCCCAGACCUGGAGGUGUCUGUGCCCUGUGCAGAGGUGGACAUCCAAGCCCCCAGUGCCAAGCUGGAGGGGGACGUGGCACUGUCAGACAAGGACGUGGAUGCCAAAGAUAGCAAGUUCAAGAUGCCCAAGUACAAGGUGCCCUCCUUCAGUGUGUUGGCCCCUAGCAAGUCCCUGGAGACCUUACUGGAGGUGGGGGCACCCAAGGUGGAGGCGGAGGUGGCACUGCCCGCCGCCACAGGCAAACUGAAGACCCCUGACCUCAGCAUUGAGCUCCCAUCCGCAGACGUGAAGGUCAAGGCUGGGCAUGUGGGCAUGAAACUGCCCGAGGGCGAGCUGCCCAUGCAGGAGGCUGGAGUCGAACUCACAGGGCACCUACACACUUUGCAGAUGCCCAGCCUCAAGAUGCCCAAAGUGGACCUGAAGGGCCCACAGGUGCACCUGAAGGAAAGCAAGGUGGACCUGAAGGGCCCCCAGGGCAAGAUGAGCUUCCCAGACCUGGAGGUGUCUGUGCCCUGUGCAGAGGUGGACAUCCAAGCCCCCAGUGCCAAGCUGGAGGGGGACAAGGCACUGCCAGACAAGGAUGUGGACUCUAAAGACAGCAAGUUCAAGAUGCCCAAGUUCAAGAUGCCCUCCUUCGGCAUGUUGGCCCCUGGCAAGUCCCUAGAGGCCUCACUAGAGGUGGGGGCACCCAAGGUGGAGGUGGCACUUCCCGCCGCCACAGGCGAAUUGAAGACCCCUGACCUCAGCAUUGAGCUCCCCUCUGCUGAGGUGGAGGUCAAGGCUGGCCAGGUGGGCAUGAAGCUCCCUGAGGAGCCACUUCCCGAGGCUCAGCUGCCUGUGGAGGUGGCCAUAUCCAGCCUCAAAGGACACCUGCCCAGGGUGCAAGUGCCCAGCCUCAAGAUGCCCAAAGUGGACCUGAAGGGUCCACAGGUGGACCUGAAGGGCAGCAAGGUGGAGCUGAAGGGGCCCCAGGGUGAGAUGAGCGUCCCUGACCUGGAGAUGUCUGUGGUUGGCGCGGAGGUGGACAUUCAGGCUCCCAGUGCCAAGCUGGAGGGGGACGUGGCCUUCUCAGAUAAGGAUGUGACUGUCAAAGAGAGCAAAUUCAAGAUGCCCAAGUUCAAGAUGCCCACCUUCGAAGUGUCCGCACCUGGAAAGUCCCUGGAGGCAUCUCUGGAGGGGGUGGCGCCCAAAGUGGAGGCAGAGGUGGCCCAGCCCGCUGCCCCAGGCAAACUGAAGACCCCUGACCUCAGUAUUGAGCUCCCCUCUGCUGAUGUGGAGGUCAAGGCUGGCCAGUUGGUCAUGAAGCUCCCAGAGGAGCCACUGCCCAUGGGCAAGCUGCCUGUGCAGAAGGCUGGAGCUGGCCUCAAAGAGCACCUGCCCAGUUUGCAGAUGCCCAGCCUCAAGAUGCCCAAAGUGGACCUUCAGGGCCCACAGGUGGACCUGAAGGGCCCCCAGGGCAAGGUGAGCUUUCCUGACCUGGAGGUGUCUAUGCCCUGCUCAAAGGUGGACAUCCAAAACCCUGGUGCCAAGCUGGAGGAAGACAUGUCCUUGCCAGACAAGGAUGUGGCCUCCAAAGACAGCAAGUUCAAGAUGCCUAAGUUCAAGAUGCCCUCCUUUGGCGUGUCGGCACCUGGAAAGUCCCUGGAGGCCUCACUGGAGGUGUGGGCACCCAAGUUAGAGGCAGAGGUGGCACUGCCGGCAGCCCCAGGUGAACUGAAGACCCCUGACCUCAGCAUUGAACUCCCCUCCACAGACGUGGAGGUCAAGGCUGGCCAGGUGGGCGUGAAGCUCCCGGAGGAGCUGCUGCCCAUGGGCGAGCUGCCCAUACAGGCAGCCGGAGUUGGGCUCAAAGGGCCCCUGCCCAGGGUGCAGAUGCCCAGCCUUAAGAUGCCCAAAGUGGACCUGAAGGGCCCACAGUUGGACCUGAAAGGCGCCAAGGCAGACCUGAAUGGUCCCCGGGGCAAGCUGAGUGUCCCUGACCUGAAGGUGUCUGUGCCCUGCACGGAGGUGGGAAUCCAGGCCCCCGGUGCCAAGCUGGAGGGGGAUGUGGCCCUGGCAGAAAAGGACGUGGCCGCCAAGGACAGCAAGUUCAAGAAGCCCGAGUUCAAGAUGCCCUCCUUCGACGUGUUGCCACCUGGAAAGUCCCUGGAGGACUCACUGGAGGUGGCGGCACCCAAAGUGAAGGCAGAGAUGGCACUGCCCACUGCCCCAGGUGAACUGAAGACCCCUGACCUCAGCAUUGAGCUCCCCUCCAUGGACGUCGAGGUCAAGGCCAGCCAGGUGGGUGUGAAGCUGCCUGCGCAGGAGGCCAGAGCUGGCCUCAAAGGGCACCUGCCCAGUUUGCAGAUGCCCAGCCUCAAGAUGUCCAAAGUGGACCUGAAGGGACCCAAGGUGGAGCUGAAAGGCACCUGGGGUGAGCUGAGCACCCUCGACCUGGAGGUGUCUGUGCCCGGCACGGAGGUGGACAUCCAGGCCCCCAGUGCCAAGCUGAAGGGGGACUUGGCCCUGCCAGACAAGGUUGUGGACACCAAGGACAGCAAGUUCAAGAUGCCCUCCUUUGGGUUGUCAGCACCUGGCAAGUCCCUGGAGGACUCGCUGGAGGUGGCGGGUCCAAAACUGGAGGCAGAGGUGGCAUUGCCCACUGCCCCAGGUGAACAGAAGAUCCCUGACUUCAGCAUUGAGCUCCCCUCCACUGACGUGGAAGUCAAGGCCGGCCAAUUGGUCAUGGAGCUCCUGGAGGAGCCACUGCCCAUGGGCGAGCUGCCCAUGCUGGAGGCUGGAGCCAACCUCAAAGGACACCUGCCAAGGGUGCAGAUGCCCAGCCUCAAGAUGCCCAAAGUGGACCUGAAGGGCCCGCAGGUGGACCUGAAGGGCAGCGAGGCGGAGUUGAAGGGGCCCCGGAGUGAGCUGAGUGCCCUGGACCUGGAGGUGUCUGUGCCCUGUGCGGAGGAGGACAUCCAAGCCCCCGGUGCCAAGCUGGAGGGGGACAUGGCCCUGCCAGACAAGGAUGUGGCCGCCAAAGACAGCAAAUUCAAGAUGCCCUCCUUUGGUGUGUCUGCACUUGGCAAGUCCCUAGAGGCCUCGCUGGAUGUGGCAGCACCCAAGGUGGAGGCAGACAUGGCCCGGCCAGAUACAACCAGUGAACUGAAGGCCCCUGACCUCAGCAUUGAGCUCUCCUCCAUGGGCGUCAAAGCCAAGGCCGGCCUUGUGGGCAUGAAGCUGCCCGAGGGCAAGCUGCCUGCGCAGGAGGCCAGAGCUGGCCUCAAAGGGCACCUGCCCAGUUUGCAGAUGCCCAGCUUCAAGAUGCCCAAAGUGGACCUGAAGGGACCCAAGGCGGAGCUGAAAGGUACCCGGGGUGAGCUGAGCGCCCCCGACCUAGAGGUGUCUGUGCCUGGCACGGAGGUAGACAUUCAGGCCCCUGGUGCCAAGCUGAUGGGGGACUUGGCCCUGCCAGACAAGGAUGUGGCCUCCAAAGACAGCAAGUUCAAGAUGCCCAGGUUCAAGAUGCCCUCCUUUGGCGUGUCCACAACUGUAAAGUUCCUGGAGGCCUCACUGGAGGUAGCGACGCCCAAGGUGGAGGCAGAAGUGGACCUGCCCGCUGUCCCAGGUGAACUGAAGACACCUGAUCUCAGCAUUGAGCUCCCCUCCACUGAUGUGGAGGUCAAAGCUGGCCAGGUGGGUGUGAAGCUCCCUGAGGAGCCGCUUCCCGAGGCCAAGCUGCCCGUGCAGGCGGCCGUAUCCAGCCUCCAAGGGCACCUGCCCAGGGUGCAGAUGCCGAGCCUCAAAAUGCCCAAAGUGGACCGGAAGGGCCCACACGUGGACUUGAAGGGUGCCAAGGAGGAGCUGAAGGGCCGCAAGGGCGAUUUGAGUGCCCCUGACCAGGAGAUGUCUGUGCCCUGUGCGGAGGUGGACAUCCAAGCCCCCAGUGCCAAGCUGGAGGGGGACAUGGCCCUGCCAGACAAGGAUGUGGCCACCAAAGACAGCAAGUUCAAGAUGCCCAAGUUCAAGAUGCCCUCCUUCAACAUGUCCUCAACUGGAAAGUCCCUGGAGGCCUCACUGGAGGUGGUGGCUCCCAAAGUGGAGGCGGAGGUGGAACUGCCCACCACCCCUGGCGAACUGAAGGCCCCUGACCUCAGUAUUGAGCUCUCCUCCUCUGACAUGAAGGUCAAGCCAGGCCAUGUGGGCGUGAAACUGCCCGAGUGCAAGCUGCCUGGACAGGAGGCCAGAGCCAGCCACAAAGGGCACCUGCCCAGUGUGCAAAUGCCCAAAGUGGACCUGAAGGGGCCGCAGGUGUGCCUGAAGGGUGACAAGGUGGAGCUGAAGGGCCCCAGGGGUAAGGUGAGCACCCUGGAUCUGGAGGUGUCUGUGCCUUGUGCGGAGGGGGACAUCCAAACCCCAGGUGGCAAGCUGGAGAGGGAUGUGGCCCUGCCAGAGAAGGACGUGGCCACCAUAGACAGCAAGUUCGAGAUGCCCUCCUUUGGCAUGUCCGCAACUGUAAAGUCCCUGGAGGCCUCGUUGGAGGUGGCGACGCCCAAGGUAGAUGCAGAGGUGGCCCUGCCCAUAGCCCUGGGUGAACUGAAGACCCCUGAUCUCAGCAUUGAGCUCCCCUCCACCGAUGUGGAGGUCAAAGCCGGCCAGGUGGGCAUGAAACUCCCUGAGGAGCCGCUUCCCGAGGCUGAGCUGCCCAUGCGGGCGGCCAUAUCCAGCUUCAAAGGGCACCUGCCCAGGGUGCAGAUGCGGAGCCUCAAGAUGCCCAAAGUGGACCUGAAGGGCCCACAUGUGGACUUGAAGGGUGCCAAGGAGGAGCUGAAAGUCCGCAAGGGCGAGGUGAGUGCCCCCAACCUUGAGGUGCCUGUGCCCUGUGCGGAGGUGGACAUCCAAGCCCCCAGUGCCAAGCUGGAGGGGGACAUGGCCCUGCCAGACAAGGACGUGGUCACCAAAGACAGCAAGUUCAAGAUGCCCAAGUUCAAGAUGCCCUCCUUUGGUGUGUUGGCACCUGGCAAGUCCCUGGAGGCCUCGCUGGAGGUGGCAGCGCCCAAUAUAGAUUCAGAGGUGGCCUUGCCCACCGUCGCAGGCGAACUGAAGACCCCUGAUCUCAGCAUUGAGCGCCCCUCCACUGACGUGGAAGUCAAGGCUGGCCAAGUGGGCAUGAAACUGCCUGAGGGUUUGGCGCCCAAGCGUGAGCUGCCCUCGCAGCCUGCCAGAGCCAGUGUCAAAGGGCACAUGCCCAGGGUGCAGACUCCCAGCUUCAAGAUACCUAAAGUGGACCUGAAGGGCUCGCACGUGGACCUGAAGGGUGGCAAGGCGGAGCUGAAGGGCCCCCAACACCAGGUGAGUGCCCCCAACCUGGAGGUGUCUGUGCCCUGCGUGGUGGUGGACAUCCAAGCCCCUGGUGCCAAGCUCGAGGGGGACGUGGCCCUGCCAGACAAGGACGUGGCCGCCAAAGACAGCAAGUUCAAGAUGCCCAAGAUCAAGAUGCCCUCCUUUGGCAUGUCAGCACCUGUCAAGUCCCUGGAGGCCUCGCUGGAGGUGAUGGUGCCCAAUGUUGAGGAGGCUGCUCCAGGUGAAAUGAAGGCCCCUGACCUCAGCAUUGAGCUCCCCUCCACCGACAUGAAGGUCAAGGCUGGCCAAGUGGACGUGAAGCUACCCAAGGGCAAGCUGCCCACGCAGGAGGCCAGAAACGGCCACAAAGGGCACCUGCCCAGUGUGCAGAAGCCCAGCCUUAAGAUGCCCAAAGUGGAUCUAAAGGGCCCGCAGGUGGACCUGAAGGGUGGCAAGGCAGAGCUGAAGGGCCCCCAGGGCGAAGUGAAUGCCCCCGACCUGGAGGUGUCUGUGCCCUGCGCAGAGGUAGACAUCCAAGCCCCUGAUGCCAAGCUGGAGGGGGACGUGGCCCUGCCAGACAAGGACGUGACUGCCAAAGACAGCAAGUUCAAGAUGCCCAAGUUCAAGAUGCCCUCCUUCGGCACGUCAGCACCUGUCAAGUCCCUGGAGGCCUCACUGGAGGUGGUGAUGCCCAAGGUGGAAGCAGAGGUGGCCCUACCCAUAGCUCUGGGUGAACUGAAGGCCCCUGACCUUAGCAUUGAGCUCCUCUCUGCUGACAUGGGUGUCAAGGCUGGCCAGGUGGGUGUGAAGCUGCCUGAGGUUCCGUUGCCUGAGGGUGACAUGCCCACACAGACGGCCAGAGCUGGCCUCAAAGGGCUCCUUCCCAAGGUGCAGAUGCCCAGCCUCAAGAUGCCCAAAGUGGAUCUGAAGGGCCCGCAGGUGGACCUGAAGUGUGGCAAGGCAGAGCUGAAGAGCCCCCAGGGCAAAGUGAACGCCCCCGACCUGGAGGUGUCUGUUCCCUGUGCAGAGGUGGACAUCCAAGCCCCUGGUGCCAAGCUGGAGGGGGAUGUGGCCCUGCCAGACAAGGAUGUGGACUCCAAAGACAGCAAGUUCAAGAUGCCCAAGUUCAAGAUGCCCUCCUUCAGCGUGUCCACAACUGUAAAGUCCCUGGAGGUGGUGGCUCCCAAGGUAGAUGAAGAGGUGGCCCUGCCCACUGUCCCAGGCGAACUGAAGACCCCUGAUCUCAGCAUUGAGCUCCCCUCCACCGAUGUGGAGGUCAAGGCUGGCCAGGUGGGCAUGAAGCUCCCUGAGGAGCCACUUCCUGAGGCUCAGCUGCCUGUGCAGGUGGCCGUACCCAGCCUCAAAGGGCACCUGCCCAGGGUGCAGAUGCCCAGCCUCAAGAUGCCAAAAGUGGACCUGAAGGGCACACAUGUGGACUUGAAGGGUGCCAAGGAGGAAUUGAAGGGCCGCAAGGGCGAGGUGAGUGCCCCCGACUUGGAGGUGUCUGUGCCCUGUGCAGAGGUGGACAUCCAAGCCCCCAGUGCCAAGCUGGAGGGGGACUUGGCCCUGCCAGAUAAGGAUGUGGCUUCCAAAGACAGCAAGUUCAAGGUGCCCAAGUUCAAGAUACCCUCCUUCGGUGGGUCAGCACCUGGUAAAUCUCUGGAGGCCUCACUGGAUGUGUCAGUGCCAAAGGUGGAGGCAGAGGUGUCCCUGCCCGUUGCCCUGGGUGAACUGAAGGCUCCUGACCUCAGCAUUGAGCUCCCCUCUGCUGCUGUGAAGGUCAAGCCUGGCCAGGUGGUUAUGAAGCUGCCCGAGGGCAAGUUGCAUGCACAGGAACUCAGAGCCGACCACAAAGGGCACCUGCCCAGUGUGCAGAUGCCCAGCCUCAAGAUGCCCAAAGUGGAUCUGAAGGGCCCGCAGGUGGACCUGAAGGGUGGCAAGGAAGAGCUGAAGGGCCCCCAGAGCCAGGUGAGCGCCCCCGACCUAGAGGUGUGUGUGCCCUGUGUGGAGGAGGACAUCCAAGCCCCUGGUGCCAAGUUGGUGGGGGACUUGGUCCUGCCAGACAAGGACGUGGCCGCCAAAGACAGCAAGUUCAAGAUGCCCAAGUUCAAGAUGCCCUCCUUUGGCGUGUCGGCACCUGGCAAGACCCUGGAUGCAUCGCUGGAGGUGGAGACGCCCAAGGUGGAGGCAGGGGUGGCCCUGCCCAUGGAUCCGGGCGAGCUGAAGACCCCUGACCUUAGCAUUAAGCUCCCCUCUGCCGACAUGAAGGUCAAGACUAGCCAGGUGGGCGUGAAGCUUCCCAAGGGUGAGCUGCCCACCCAGGAGGCCAGAGCUGGCCACAAAGGGCAGCUGCCCAGUGUGCAGAUGCCCAGCCUCAAGAUGCCCAAAGUGGACCUGAAGGGCCCACACUUGGACUUGAAGGGUGGCAAGGAAGAGCUGAAGGGCCGCAAGGGCGAGGUGAGUGCCCCCGACCUGGAGGUGUCUGUGCCCUGCGCAGAGGUGGACAUCCAAGCCCCCAGUGCCAAGCUGGAGGGGGACGUGGCCAUGCCAGAUAAGAAUGUGGCUUCCAAAGACAGCAAGUUCAAGAUUCCCAAGUUCAAGAUGCCCUCCUUUGGUGGGUCUGCACCUGGCAAGUCUCUGGAGGCCUCACUGGAUGUGUCAGUGCUGAAGGUGGAGGCAGAGGUGGCCCUGCCCGUUGCCCCGGGCGAACUGAAGGCCCCUGACCUCAGCAUUGAGCUCCCCUCUGCUGCUGUGAAGGUCAAGCCCGGCCAGGUGGUUAUGAAGCUGCCUGAGGGCAAGUUGCAUGCACAGGAGCCCAGAGCCGGCCUCAAAGGGCACCUACCCAGUGUGCAGAUGCCCAGCCUCAAGAUGCCCAAAGUGGAUCUGAAGGGCCCGCAGGUGGACCUGAAGGGUGGCAAGGAAGAGCUGAAGGGCCUCCAGAGCCAGGUGAGCGCCCCCGACCUAGAGGUGUGUGUGCCCUGUGUGGAGGAGGACAUCCAAGCCCCUGGUGCCAAGUUGGUGGGGGACUUGGUCCUGCCAGACAAGGACGUGGCCGCCAAAGACAGCAAGUUCAAGAUGCCCAAGUUCAAGAUGCCCUCCUUUGGCGUGUCGGCACCUGUCAAGACCCUCGACACAUCGCUGGAGGUGGAGACGCCCAAGGUGGAGGCAGGGGUGGCCCUGCCCAUAGACCCGGGCGAACUGAAGGCCCCUGACCUUAGCAUUGAGCUCCCCUCUGCCGACAUGAAGGUCAAGACUAGCCAGAUGGGCGUGAAGCUUCCCAAGGGUGAGCUGUCCACCCAGAAGGCCAGAGCCGGCCACAAAGGGCAGCUGCCCAGUGUGCAGAUGCCCAGCCUUAAGAUGCCCAAAGUGGACCUGAAGGGCCCACACGUGGACUUGAAGGGUGGCAAGGAAGAGCUGAAGGGCCACAAGGGCGAGGUGAGUGCCCCUGACCUGGAGGUGUCUGUGCCCUGCGCAGAGGUGGACAUCCAAGCCCCCAGUGCCAAGCUGGAGGGAGAUGUGGCACUGCCAGAUAAGGAUGUGGCUUCCAAAGACAGCAAGUUCAAGGUGCCCAAGUUCAAGAUGCCCUCCUUUGGUGGGUCUGCACCUGGCAAGUCUCUGGAGGCCUCACUGGAUGUGUCAGUGCCGAAGGUGGAGGCAGAGGUGGCCCUGCCCGUUGCCCCGGGUGAACUGAAGGCCCCUGACCUCAGCAUUGAGCUCCCCUCUGCUGCCGUGAAGGUCAAGCCCGGCCAGGUGGUUAUGAAGCUGCCCGAGGGCAAGUUGCAUGCACAGGAGCCCAGAGCCGGCCUCAAAGGGCACCUACCCAGUGUGCAGAUGCCCAGCCUCAAGAUGCCCAAAUUGGACCUGAAGGGCCUGCAGGUGGACCUGAAGGGUGGCAAGGAAGAGCUGAAGGGCCCCCAGAGCCAGGUGAGCGCCCCCGACCUAGAGGUGUGUGUGCCCUGUGCGGAGGAGGACAUCCAAGCCCCUGGUGCCAAGUUGGUGGGGGACGUGGCUGCCAAAGACAGCAAGUUCAAGAUGCCCAAGUUCAAGAUGUCCUCCUUUGGCGUGUCGGCACCUGGCAAGACCCUGGACGCAUCGCUGGAGGUGGAGACGCCCAAGGUGGAGGCAGGGGUGGCCCUGCCCAUAGACCCGGGUGAACUGAAGGCCCCUGACCUUAGCAUUGAGCUCCCCUCUGCCGACAUGAAGGUCAAGACUGGCCAGAUGGGCGUGAAGCUUCCCAAGGGUGAGCUGUCCACCCAGGAGGCCAGAGCUGGCCACAAAGGGCAGCUGCCCAGUGUGCAGAUGCCCAGCCUCAAGAUGCCCAAAGUGGACCUGAAGGGCUCACACUUGGACUUGAAGGGUGGCAAGGAAGAGCUGAAGGGCCGCAAGGGCGAGGUGAGUGCCCCCGACCUGGAGGUGUCUGUGCCCUGCGCAGAGGUGGACAUCCAAGCCCCCAGUGCCAAGCUGGAGGGGGACGUGGCCCUGCCAGAUAAGGAUGUGGCCUCCAAAGACAGCAAGUUCAAGGUGCCCAAGUUCAAGAUGCCCUCCUUUAGUGGGUCUGCACCUGCCAAGUCUCUGGAGGCCUUACUGGAUGUAUCAGUGCCAAAGGUGGAGGCAGAGGUGGCCCUGCCCGUUGCCCCGGGCAAACUGAAGGCCCCUGACCUCAGCAUUGAGCUCCCCUCUGCUGCCGUGAAGGUCAAGCCCGGCCAGGUGGUUAUGAAGCUGCCUGAGGGUGAGCUGCCCGUGCAGGAGGCCAGAGUUGGCCUUAAAGGGCAACUGCCCAGUGUGCAGAUGCCCAGUCUCAAGACGCCCAAAGUGGACCUGGAGGACCCGCAGGUGGACCUGAAGGGUGGCAAGGAAGAGCUGAAGGGCCUCCAGAGCCAGGCGAGCGCCCCCGACCUGGAUGUAUCUGUGCCCUGUGCGGAGGUAGACAUCCAAGCCCCUGGUGCCAAGUUGGUGGGGGACGUGGUCCUGCCAGACAAGGACAUGGCUGCCAAAGACAGCAAGUUCAAGAUGUCCAAGUUCAAGAUGCCCUCCUUUGGCAUGUCGGCACCUGGCAAGUCCCUGGAGGCAUCACUGGAGGUGGCGGUGCCCAAGGUGGAGGCAGAGGUGGCCCUGCCUGCCUCCCCGGGUGAACUGAAGACCCCUGACCGCAGCAUUGAGUACCUCUCCUCUGACAUGGGGGUCAAGUCUGGACAUGUGGGCAUUAAGCUGCCCGAGGGCCCGUUGGCUGAAGGUGAGCCGCUUGCGCAGGCAGCCCGAACCGACCUCAAAGGGCACCUCCCCAGGGUGCAGACGCCCAGCCUCAAGAUGCAGAAGGUUGACUUGAAAGGGUCCCCACUUAACCUGAACGUCACCCCUGUCAUUCUUAAACUUCCAGAUGAUGCUGUCAUUCUUCCCUCUCUUGGUGCUUCUCAAUUUCAAUCCGGUUCAGACAUCUUUUACCCUUCCGUUUCUUACUACAAUGCAGAUGAAGUUUCAUCCCUCUUUACUUCUGGCUCUGCUAUCCCUGUUGAUUUCCCUUCUCCUUCCUCUCCUGGCCAUGUUACUUUUCCUAAAUUUCACAAACCCAAAUUUGUAUUUUCUGAUCCAGUUUCAUCCUUUUCCUCCUGUGACAUAGGUUUCACUAGCCAGGAACCCAUUCUGUCUCCUGUGAGCAAUUUGGCAGGUUCAACCUGUGGUACCGCCCACGUUUCCUCAGAUCCCGAGUCCCAGACCUCCUACUCUCAAUCUUCUGCUUCUCCUGUUGUGAAUGAGUCUUCCACAUGGCCUUCAAUCGAACCCCCAUCUGAAAAUUCUGUCUCGGAAGGUAAGGGAAGUUCCUUCAACUUACCUAGGUUCAAUCUCCAUCCAUUGAGUUGGUCUCCCAGGAAAGAGGCAGAAUUCAUACCUGAGUUCCCGGGCCAUUCGGAGGAUUGCACCCCAUGUCUGAGCUUGGCUCCUGACCAGAUGGACAUGCAGCCUGGAACGGGGGAGUCCCAGUUGGAUGCACAAGUGCAGAUGCAUACGGAAAUGGAUGCAGGGAAGGGAAGAAGCAGGAAGCCAAGCUUUUCCCUGCCCCGGCUUUCAUUGCCCAAGCUGAAUGCUUCCAAGGGGAAGGCUGUCCUUCCAGUGGGAGAUGAGCAUGCCACAGGUGGGUAUGACUGCCAAGCCCCUCAACCAUCCCACACUGAUGGCAGUGCUAGAAUUCCUGAGGCAAUUGAAAGCACCCCAGAUGUGGAGCUCACAGGACUCCACCUGACACAGGUCCCCAUUCCCAGCAACCACUUUGCCAAACCCCAUCUCAGAACCUCCUUGGCCAGGGGAGAAGUGACUCAGUCUAAAGCUGACCUGCCUCUUCACAAACAUGACAGCCAGGGACCUGAGUUGAGAGGUGUCUCAGGAAAUUAUCCCUAUAGCGAAGAAACAGCCCCCACAAUGGAAGACCAUUUGAAGCUGUCCUGUAGACGACCAGAUAAUGCCUGCACCAUGGAAAGCCCAGAGAAGGCUCCCAUAGUGGAAGAGAUGGCAACAGACUUUAAUGAGCGCUGGUUCAAAAUGCCCAAGUUCCAUGUUCCUGGAUUCAGACACUCCUCAUCUAAGGAGCGAGAUGGGGCUCAGGAACAGGGAACAGGUGAGAUGCACAUGCCACUUGCCAAUGUGCCCUCAGAAGUGGAUUCAGCAGCAUGUGUGCAGCUGUCCCAUGUUCCUGGGUUGAAGGUGGAGGCUCAGGUUUCCCUGCAGCACCCAGAAGAAAGGGGCAAUCUGGGGGUCCUAGAGAGCCCAACAUAUGCAGAUGUUGUGAAGUGUGAUCUCCAUAGCACAGGCUCAAGGCUGCAUAGACCCACUGUUAGUAUGUCCCGGGUGUAUCUACCCAUCCCUGAAUUGACAGCCCUGCCAGCUGAAGGCUCGCUCCCCCUUGAGAUGCCUGCUGUACAACUUUCAGAACCCCAGGCUUCUCCACAAGGAACGAGUGAGCAGCCUCAGUGUGGGUCCAGAGGAUAUGGCCUUGCUGAGUUAGAGGAAGGAGCAGAGACCUGGCCUGCCCAGCCUGAAGGGCCUCUGAGGCUGAAGGCUUCCUGCACCAACAUGCCAGCCCAGGUCUCCGUAGUGAGAACAAGUCAGUUCUGGGAGGACGCUGUGCUGACUGUCACAUUCCCCAAAUUAAAAGUGCCCACAUUUUCCUUCCCUCACUCGCUCAGCUCUGAGGCCGUGUUCUUCCCUGUGGUGAGGGAGGUGCAGUGUGCACAGGCCAAUGUUGGCACUACCUUAUGUGAGGAUAGUCUUGGGCUCUGGGGAGCCAGCCUCCUGAAGGCUGGCACUGGGGACCCCGGUGGGAAGCCUAUGGGCCUUGAUGAGUCCCUGGAAGCAUCCUCAGUCUCUAAGGUUAGAGUGCACAUUCAGGGGUCUCAGGAUGAAAAUCGACAGGUCACCGUGUGCAGCGCAGUAGCACAAGAGGGUGUUGACCCCACAGCACCUGAGGCCUUUUCCACUCAUAUUGUCCGUGAAUCAGAGAUUCCUACCUCCAUGAUUCAGACUCCUUCUUACGGAUUCUCCUUGCUGAAGGUGAAAAUCCCAGAGCCCCCUGCACAGGCUACGGUGUGUACAAUAGCUUCAGAGCCCCCAGAACAGGAGGAUUUUGAUGGGGCUCCUAAGCUGGCGGCUUCAGGAGUACACUCUGUCCCUGGAGCUCUCCAGCCAGAUGCAGGGGAGUCAUUUGAGAUGAUCUCCACCAGAAUCAGCCUGUCACAGCAGCAGACACUGGAAGUUGAAGUGCCUUCUGGUUGCCAGCCUGCAGACAGCGGCUCUGACGAGGAGCCAGCAGAAAUUCUUGAGUUUCCUGAUGACAGCCAGGAGGUCAGGGCUCCAUGGGGAAAAGACAGGGCUGUGAAGGAGAAGUCAGAAGGUAAGAAGUCUGGUCUGUUGUGGUCUUGGCUUCCAAGCAUUGGGUUCUCCUCUGUGGAAGAGACGUGUGUGGAGUCCACAGACACCACCCAGAGAUCCACUCCUGUCCACAUGAAGCCUGGGGCUCCACCAGACCCUGAGCUGCCCAAGAAACAGGAGAAGGCAAGCUGGUUCCGAUUUCCCAAGUUAGGGUUCUCCUCUUCACCCACCGAGAAGGGCAGAAGUAGUGAAGACAAUGAAAGCCAGGCAAGCCAAAAGCUCCAGGAGGAAACUGUCACCUUUUUUGAUGCCCGAGAGAGCUUCUCCCCUGAAGAGGAAGAAGAGGAGGAAGGCAUACCAGGUGUGGCAAGUGCUGAGCCAGGCUCCAGAGCAAUGGUGGCAUCCUCUGUAAGAACAGAACUAGUCCUGCUGGAGGAGAGAAACACUUGUGAAAAAUCUAUGCCUGGACCCAUGGCCAAAUGAGGGCCACAGGCAACAGCAAAAGAGAGAUACAACUUGGGCUGCAGAGAUAGCUUAGCGAUUAAGGAGCUUGCCUGAGAAGCCUAAGAACUCAUUGAAAUGUCCAGGUCCCAAGUAAACCAGAUGCACCAGUGACGCAAGCAUGCAAUGUCAUACAUGUA